AUGGGUCGCAGGCCUGGUAGAAGUUGGGAGCCCAAGAGCAUCCUCGUGCUCUUGCUGGCCUCUCUCGCAUGCCACCUUUCCUUCGUGUCCUUUAUCGGACGCGGCAGAACCUCAAGUGUCCUUUUAAGGGCCACUGCAGAGGGUGGAUCUUCCAAGACUGGUGCAGUGGUUGAUGAUUCAGAUCUCGACGGAGAGGGCACGGAUGCCCCUGACAAGAAGAAGGCCAAGUUUGACGACAUCCUCACCGAAGCAGACAAUUUUGCAACGUCCAUCGAACGAAAAAGUCGGAGAUCCACCGCCGUGGCCCGCGUUUCUUUAGAAGAUGAACUCCGUGGUUUGUCUUUGGAGGAUGACACGGACCUCGACAUGAUGAUGAUGAGCCGUGCUCGAGGAGGUCGUGCCAAAGAGACCUCCUUGUCCUAUCGGAUCAACAAAUGGUUUGAAGAGACCAAGGAGAUGAUCGUGAAUCCCACGCGAAUCCAGGUGACCUAUGGCAUGAUCUUCUUCGCAACCUUUCUGGUUUUGAUCCUUGUGGGGGUCAUCACCUUUUCAUUAGGCGCAGUUCGAUUGCAAGGAGAUGGAGUCGAGACUGCCAUGAGACAGAAGAUCGACGAUGAGAGCAUCUUCAUGCAGAAGUACAAGCAGAUCAGGGAGAACAAGCGAAGGUUCGCGGAGAUGGACGACAUUCGAAAAUACACCAGCGAUCUCUACACUCUCAGUCCGGACAGUAAAAUCAACUACACUCCAAGAUCACUCGAUGAGAUUACUCCAGAGGAUGUGAUCGGUGAGCAUGCUCGCCAGGAAGAUUGUCGCGCACUGCGCGACUGGGGUGAUCAGCUGCGGGAAGAGACGCUCAUGCAGCUGGGCGAACAGCUCUUUAGCGAGCUCACUGCCAGAGCCUUGGUGGCGCUGGCCAAAUCGGCCCAGGAGGCGCAGCAGCAGCCGGGGGACCUGGGCAAGGCGCAAACCCGCGUAGACCGGCGUGUGAGAGAGUCUGGAGUGGAUGCCCAUGGGAAGAAGCUAUCGACAAUUGAAACGAGCGUGAGAUGUUUGAGCCCGCGCUUGGCGGACGCCAACAAGAGCGCUGAGCUGGAAGCGUUGGUCCAAGCUGAAGAGCAACGGCAUCAAGAGGCGACUCAAACCUGCCAGCAGGACCGGGAGCGCAUGGCUUUGGUCUUGCGUAGAUCCUGUGAGAGCUUCGUCUGCCGUUUGACCACGGUGGCAGAGGUCUCCAUUCGGCUGUUGGAUCUUCUUCCGCUGCACAGCCAUUUUGGAAGCCUUCCGGGUGAUGAGAAGGUGGAGCCCCCCCGGAUGUCCAUCAAGCGCCGCAUGCGGCGGCUGAACCGCGAGGACGAGGCGCCGGAGCCGGUGCCCAAGGCGGCAGCCAAAGGCAAGGCGGCAGCCAAGCCGCCCCCGGAGGAGCCAAAGGAGAAGGAUGCCGGACUCCCGGAACGUCAGUGGACAGGCGUCCCCAAGUACGAGCUCCGUGCCAUGCUCGUGGGCUCCAAGUGGCCGGAGGAUGAAAUGCUUCCGGAAGAGGAGUUCGAUCAGAAGAAGCUCGAGCUGACUGAGACCCUGAAGUCCUUCCGAUCGCCGGUCCACAGGAAGAUUAUCAAAGGACGACUGGAGUGCUACGAAAGGUACAAGCAAAGCUUCAUCGCUGAAGUGCAACGUCGAAGCACGGAAAUGUCCUUGCGAGAGGCCAAGGAGGAGGCUGUCUCGGCUGUGUCAGACAAAACACACUAUAUGGCUGUGGGUCAAAACCAGGAUAUCUUGGUAGAUCUACCGACGAGACUCGCCCUCCAUGUCUUCCCACAGCCCUUCACCAUAGGGUGGGUGCUGGGGAGUUGA